CGGGCAGUCGGUGCGGGAGCGGGACGGUGCGCGGAGCCCCGCGGAGCCCCGCGGAGCCAUGACCUCCCGCAGGUGGUUUCAUCCCAACAUCAGCGGGAUUGAGGCAGAGAAGCUCCUCCUGACCAGGGGUGUCCAUGGCAGCUUUCUGGCUCGACCCAGUAAGAGCAACCCGGGAGAUUUCACCCUCUCUGUCAGAAGAAACGACGAGGUGACACACAUCAAGAUCCAGAACACAGGGGACUACUAUGACCUCUAUGGGGGGGAGAAGUUUGCCACCCUUGCAGAGCUGGUGCAGUACUACACCGAGCAGCACGGGCUGCUGCGGGAGAAGAACAGCAAUGUCAUCGAGCUCAAGUACCCUCUCAACUGCCAGGACCCCACCUCGGAGAGGUGGUACCACGGGCACCUCACUGGCAAGGAGGCAGAGAAGCUCCUGACAGAGAAGGGCAAGCCCGGGAGCUUUCUGGUGAGAGAGAGCCAGAGCAAACCAGGAGACUUUGUCUUGUCAGUGCUGACAAAUGAGGAUAAGAUGGAGACUGGGGAUCGGAAACCGCACGUGACCCACGUGAUGAUCCACUACCAGCCCGACGGGAAGUAUGACGUGGGGGGAGGAGAGAGGUUUGACACCCUCACAGACCUGGUGGAGCACUAUAAGAAGAACCCCAUGGUGGAGAAAUCUGGAGCUGUGGUUCAUCUGAAGCAGCCCUUCAAUGCCACCCGCAUCAACGCAGCCAACAUUGAGAACAGAGUGAAGGAGCUGAACAAAAUGGCAGAUCACAGUGAGAAGGCCAAGCAAGGGUUCUGGGAAGAGUUUGAGAUGUUGCAGCAGCAGGAGUGCAAGCUCCUCUACCCCAGGAAGGAGGGACAACGACCAGAGAAUAAGGCGAAGAAUCGCUACAAGAACAUUCUUCCCUUUGAUACCACACGGGUGGCACUCCGGGACGUGGACGAGAGCGUACCUGGGUCAGACUACAUCAAUGCCAACUAUAUCAAGAGCAUCCCAGAAGACGGAAGGAGCUCGGAGCACUGCAAGGUCUACAUCGCCACCCAGGGCUGCCUGCAGACCACGGUGAAUGACUUCUGGGCCAUGGUUUAUCAAGAGAACAGCCAUGUCAUUGUCAUGACAACCAAGGAGGUGGAGCGGGGCAGGAACAAGUGCUUCAGGUACUGGCCGGACAAGGGCUGCAGCCGGGAGUACGGCGGGAUCCGGGUGCGGAACGGCGGCGAGCGCGAGGCCCAGGGCUACUACCUGCGGGAGCUGGAGGUGCUGCGGGCUGGCCAGGACGAGCACCCAAGGCUGGUGAAGCACUACCAGUAUUUUAGCUGGCCAGACCACGGGGUGCCCAACGAACCCGGGGGGGUUCUCAGCUUUCUGGACCAAGUGAAUCGGGCUCAGCGAAGCAUUCCAGGCACGGGGCCCAUCGUGGUGCACUGCAGUGCUGGAAUAGGACGCACAGGCACCAUCAUAGUGAUAGACAUCCUGGUGGAUAUUAUCCACAGGCAAGGUUUGGACUGUGACAUUGACAUCCCCAAGACCAUCCAGAUGGUGCGCAGGCAGCGCUCGGGCAUGGUGCAGACAGAGGCACAGUACAAGUUUGUGUACAUGGCUGUUCAGCAGUACAUCGAGGCUGAGCAGAAGAGGCUGGAAGAAGAGCAGAGGAGUAAAAGGAAGGAGCGAGACUACCUGAAUAUUGGUUACCCUCCCAUGGAAAAAGGCAGAGCCAAAGGGCAGCCCCCCUCACCACGGGCCCAGUCUGUGGCUGAGGAUGAGUCAGCUUCCGUCUACGAGAACCUGAACAUCAAAAGCCCAAAGGUUUCAGGGAUGAGUAACACGGGGCGAUAAAGGAGCCGGAGGUGAGCUGUGUGGAGGCUGUUCAGGUUUUACAGUGUUGAUGUCCACCCUUCCCACAUCCUACAGCCGUGGACAAUGUUUGGUUUUGUUGCCCAUCUUGCCUUCCCCAAGCACCUUGGAUUCGGAGAGGAAUCAGAAGCUGGCCAUGAGAAGCAAGCAGAGUCUGCACCUGAAGGACAUGCCUCAACCUAACUUAGUCAUGAGAAGGUUCUUCUCCUGUUCUCCCCUGUCUCAGUAGGUUGAUAUUUAUGUGGAAGUGCCUCUGGACAUUCAUUAGGGCUUCAUGGCUCAGUUCUAAUUUUCUUCUUCCUUGUUUUUUUUUAAUUUAAGAUUCAUUUUUUUUUACACACAAAUCGUUCAGAGGAACAGAAAUGACUACCUGCUUAGGAGCUUUCCCAGGGUUGUCCACUUAGGGCAUUAGUAAAAGGUUAGUACACUUGAAUGUUUUCAUUAGGUCAGUCAUUUCUAAACUAGAAGUGUUUUUAGCCUAAAUCCUGGAGUCACCUUGCUGCCUGUGAGGGUGAGAAAUAGAGAGCACUGCCUGGACCUGGGUAUCUGCUCCUCUGUUGAUUCUCCUUCCCACUGCCCUUUGGCUGUACCAGUUCUAGAUGUCUAUGCAACCCUGCUGGAGCACCCAGAGCAGCCCCUGCUGCUGGAGCACCCAGAGCAGCCCCUGCUGCUGCAGCACAGCGUGGGUGUGUGUGCCUGGGUCUGCCUGCUGCUCUGCUCCAGGCUUUCCCAGCAGGAUGGAGACAGAGGUGCCAGCAUCUCUGUCUUUGUGUGGGUCUGCAUGUUGAGCUCAGGGAAAUCCCACCCAGCUACGGGUGCUGGAGAGCAGGAAAGCAGCUUUGUGUGCUGUGCUUUUAGCCACCUCCAGUGGGUACCAGCCUGGGAUGCUCAUCUGAGCUGAACCUCCUGGGCUGGGCCCCUCUAAGCUUGAUGCAGCUCUGCCAUUACCUUGCUGCAUGACCUCUUGUAUUUGGGUUCUCCACCCCCCCGCAACUAUAUGACAAGGCAAGUGUUGUAUCUGCUGAGUAGGAGUGUUGUAGGAGUUUGUGACUUGCCCUGCACCACAAAGAUGAGCAUGUCACUGAGUGGAGCCUCCCAGCUCUGUUGAUAAGUCCUGACUUGUCACUGCCAGUGCUUCCCACUGUGCCAGCCCUGUGAGCAGUCCUGCCAGAGACCCCUUCCUGCAGCACCUCCGGGGCCUGGAGGUGUGCUCUGUGGGCAGCCCUGGGGCUGAGUGCCAGUGCCUGAACCUCCAGAGCCACCUGGGGUCAAUGUUGGGGUCUUCCUGGGUCUCUGGGGUGGGUUGGACUUGCUGCAUGGUUGGGGUGGUGGUGCCUGGAGUGUUGGCUCCAAGUGUUGAGCAGAAAGGUUUGAACAAAAGCACAAUGACGUGCCUUGGCUGUAUUUCCUGGCUGGUCUUUCUGGUCCCUUGUUGCAGGGACAGGAGAACUGUUUAUUUUUAUUGCACUUUUAAUAAAUGUUGACUAUUCUCGAGG